AUGGCGUCCUCGUUAUUGCAUCCACCAUUGCAUCUUCCACCAACGGUAGCUCUUCAAUUAUCGCAGCAAGCUCCAGCUCUCCUUCAAAGCACGCCCUCUUCAAUAUCACCUUACUCCGUUAGCUCUAUCUGGUCUGCAGCAGAGUCGGCAGAGCUAUGGACAAUAUACGAGAACCUCAUGGUGUCAUGUUUACGAACGGGCGAUGAACCGUCUGCUCAUCUAUGCCUGCAAAGGCUCACGGCACGCUUCGGCGCAGACAACGAACGACUGAUGGCAUUGCGAGGCGUAUUUCAAGAAGCAACAGCGAAGGAUGACGCCGCCCUGAAGACGGUUCUGGAAGAAUACGAGAAGAUCAUAGCAGCUGACCCAAGCAAUAUGCCUGUAACCAAACGACGAAUCGCGCUUCUCCGUACGCUCCAAAAGCCCACGGAGGCCAUCGGUGCUCUCAAUCAACUCCUCGAAAGCUCCCCCACGGACGCAGAAGCAUGGGCAGAGUUGUCAGACCUAUAUUUGUCGCAAGGCAUGUACUCCCAGGCAGCUUUUGCGCUUGAGGAGGUGUUGUUGAUUACUCCUAACGCUUGGAACAUGCACGCUCGGCUAGGCGAGGUCUUAUACGUGGCUGCUUCGAGUAACGAAGGUGGUGCCGACAAGAACCUUUCAGAAUCCAUGCGACGAUUUUGCAGGAGUGUUGAACUGUGUGAUGACUACCUACGUGGAUAUUAUGGGUUGAAACUGACCACAAAACGUCUUUUAAAAGAUCUUGCGACAAAUUCAAGACAAUCUAAGUCUGAAACCGGGCUUCCGGCGCCAGACAGGAAGACAGUAGAGCGCUUGAAUGAGUUAGCGACAGCAAAGCUCUCUGAGAUAGUGCGGAGGAAUCUGAAUGGUGAGAAAGGGUGGACAGGUUAUGAGAAAGCCGACAUAAUUGCAGCCCAGGAACUUCUCAAUCGAGACGCAACACCAAUUAUACGAUAA